AUGGUCACCAGAUUAGAACUGAACAAGAUAGCGAACGAUUAUGAACCGGGUCUGGUGUUAAAAGACAAACAGAUUGAAGCUUUGGAAUGCAAAUGUAGUGGAAACUGUGACUUAUUGGUUAAUUUACCUGUAGGCUAUGGCAAAAAUUUUCACCUGCUACCGAAAUUACUUGUUGACACUCCGAAGCCUAUCAUUGUUGUUGUUUCAACAUUGAAUAUCAUUCAAAAAGACCAGCUGGAAUCACUGCGGAAGCAUAGCAUUUCAGCAUGCAGACUGGACAUCAAAACUAAAGUGGACGAAACCACCGAGACUGUAGAUUGUGUAAAUAUUGAACAGUAUGAUGUCAAAUCUGAUGUCCCUCUCACAAAAGUAAUCAACGGGGAAUAUUCUAUUGUAUUGUGUCAUCCCGAGGCUCUCCUCAAUACUACCGAUGGAAAGGGUCUGUCCAAUGACAGAUUUACACAAAAUGUCAAGGCUGUUGUCAUCGAUGAAUGCCACAUUAUCCAAAAAUGGGGUGAAGAAUUUCGUACUGCCUUUGGAAAGAUAUCAAGCUUAAAAGUGUUCUUUCCUUUAGUGCCUUUCAUAGCAUUAAGCGGGACCUUGACUGUGAAACAGAAGAAGGAGAUUCCAGCUUUACUUCAUUUGAAAAAUUUUAAGUUAAUUGAAUACAGUCCAGACAAGAGGAACAUCUUCCUUGAAAAACACAGGAAGGAAUCAAGUGAAGACAGACUCGGAGAGUAUGAGAAUAUUGUGUAUCCAAUCUGCCAGGAACUUUUUGAUAAAAAGGAGGCUUUCCCUGUCACACUGAUGUUUCUGCCUGUGUUUUAUAUGAGUGAAAUUUUAAUGCAUCUCAAUAGUUUAUUUGGAACAAAAUCAAUAGAUGAUGCACUUUACAGUGCACUUUGCUCCGGGCAAGAUGAGUAUGUGAUUUCAAGAACAAUUAAAGACUUAAAAACAGACAAUCCUAGGAUACGAUUGGUUUUGACAACCUCCAUAGCAGGAAUGGGGUUUGAUCCCAGAAAUGUGACACAGGUUGUUCACACUUGUCCACCAAGGAACAUUUCACAAUACAUGCAAGAGAUUGGGCGUGCAGGGCGCCGGGGCCAACCUGCAAAGGCUGUUCUGUACUAUAAUAAUCAUGACAUUGCCAAGAACCUUCCAGGAAUCUCAGGAGACAUAAUCAAUUACUGUAAGAAUGAUACAACAUGUUUAAGAAAUGCAAUAUUAUCCAUCUUUGGAUUUGAAAAGGAUGAAUCGAUUACUGUCACAGAGUGCUGUUCUAACUGUAAAUCUCGCUCCCAUGAAAAAUCAAGCUGAAUCAAAAUCCUUUCCAUGUUAUGGUUUAUUAGGAUUAAACCAAUAGAACAUGUAUAACCUAUUCCUUUGUAUCUACUUCUGUAACACCAACACAUCUGUGUUAGUAUUGCCUAUCUGUAAAUUAAUGUUUAUCAGAUAAUCAUUUCUAUCAAUUAUCAUUUAUGUAAAUAUUGGUGUGGUUUAGUCAAGUAAUGUUAAAGUCUUCAUAUGAGAGAAAUUGGUACAGAUGUGAAAAAAUCUCUCCAAAAUGAUGAACUUCAUAUAUACAGCAGUGUGCUGAACUACUGGUAUAUCAAAUGGUUUUAAAAUGUAAAUUUAGUCUUGCUAUAUAUACAAAAUGUAUAUGUACAUACCAUAAUAUGAUAUUAUUGAUACAGGUGUGAAGAAAUAUCUCCAAAUGGUGAAC